UCAUCUGUACUUUUGCCCUGUUGAGAUAGCAUUACGUAAAGAAGUACAUCACUAGUGUAAUAGCAAAAGUAGAUAUUGGGUCUCUGAAAAUAUUCAUUUGUUAUUUGUUAUUGUGAAAGAAAUCUAUCAACUUUUGCAAUGAACACCAUGGAUAUAUUUGAGUUCACCCAAAAGAUGGACGGAGAUCUUAGUGAGGGAGGGAUGCAGACUGUGGCUCUAGGUGAUGGUGCCACCAGUGGAGAGGGCCACCAGUCUGCUCCUUCAGACCCAGCGCUUCCUUGGCCUGGACCCAACUCAGCAAUGCCAGCACAGUCAGCGGCCCCUCCUUCACAGCCCAUCCCAGCACCCCAGGCUCGUCCCACAUCCCUCCCACAGUACCCACACAAUCCUGGGUCUGCCUAUACCUCACCAAAUAGUGCCAAUAGUCCUGAGUACGGCAAUAAGUGGGACUGUUAUAUCUCGCCGUUUCCAGCCAUGUCACCAAUACCGCUGGCCACUCCAACUACUCCUGGCACUGAAAACGGAGCUGCGAUAGUACGUUCGGGUUCAAGUAAAAUGGAAAGCAUAAAAACUUGGUCCAUAUCCACCUACAAAUGCACCAAGCAACUUCUGUCAGAGAAAUUGGGGAAGUCUUCUCGCACUGUAGAUGCAGAACUAGAAGCCCAGAUUGAGGCACUUCGUGACACACAGCGGAAAUACUCACAAAUAUUACGAUUGGCAAGGGCUUUGUCCUCUCACUUCUACCAUGUUGUACAAACACAACAGCAGCUUGGUGAUGCUUUUGCAGAUCUUGCACAGAAAUCACCAGAACUUCAGGAAGAGUUUAUAUACAAUGCAGAGACUCAGAGAACCUUAACCAAGAAUGGUGAAACUCUUCUUGGUGCUCUAAACUUCUUUGUUUCAUCUGUCAAUACUCUCUGCAACAAAACUAUGGAAGACACCUUGCUGACUGUCAAAUUAUAUGAAUCUUCUAGAAUUGAAUAUGAUGCCUAUCGUAGUGACCUGGAAAUGCUAUCUCAGCAGCCUCGUUCUGAAAUAAGUUCCAUCAAACUUGAGGAAGCUCAGCGUAACUUCAAUGGACACAAGGCUCACUAUGAUAGGCUAAGAGCAGAUGUUGCCAUUAAGCUAAAAUUCCUGGAAGAGAAUAAGGUGAAAGUCAUGCACAAACAGCUGCUUCUCUUUCAUAAUGCUGUGUCUGCCUACUUUAGUGGCAACCAGACAGCCCUGGAGGCCACCCUCAAGCAGUUUAAUAUCAAGCUGCGCAGUCCCAACACCGCACCCCCAUCAUGGUUGGAGCAGGGUGAAUACUAGCAGUUGUCUAAUGAGGCGAUUUGAAGUAAGCAAAUCUGUUUAUGCAUAAGUAUGAGUGCUUGCUUUUACCAACAAGGAAAGGAUCUUUCUUAUGUGCUUUAAAAUUAUCUUUAUAAUGUCAAGCAUCAUGUGAGAUGAUAUGUGAAACUUAUUAUUUUAUGUAUAGAAUUCAUAUUUUCUAUCUUAUUAUGUAUUGUGCAUUGUGCACAGUACAUUAUUAUAUUAUUCAUGUUAAUUCUUUAUGAGAGAAAACAGUCACUCUGAAGAUAGCAUAGUAAAUACAGGAAUGGGUAUAUAAAAAUUCAGAAUGAAGAUUUCUCCAGGUAUUGUUGGUUACUCAUGAAUUAAUUCUUCAAAAGUAGACCAAGGUUUUACAUGAUUGUAAAUUCUAGUAACUAUUACACUAGUCACAUUAUUGAAUUUUGUAACAACAACUCACACUUUUUGUUAAGCUAAAAUAUCCAAAGAAUGCAGCAAACAUGGUGACAUGUAGCAGAUUUAUAAUUUGUGUCAUGCUUCACAUUUAUAAAAGAAGAGUUACAAAAAAGAAAUUAUACCUCAGAUGUCUAUGAAUAUUAUGAAAAGAUUCCAUUUUGUACACAAUAGUACUGAAAAUAACUUGUUUUCUAUAGAUGGUUUCAGCUACAUGAUCUUGCAGAUUGGCACUUAAGUGAAAGAUCUGUGGGGCUCACCACUUGAAGGGCUCUCACCAUGGCACUUGACUGUUUUGUGUGAAUGUAAUAGUGUCGGUGGCUUCUGCAAGGGUUUGAGAAAAUUAGCUGCAUACUUUUAUGUAAUUGCUUAUUAGCAAUUUUUUUUUUCUUUUUUUUAAGUUAUGAAUGGAAAGCAUUAGGAGGAAUUGUACUAGAAGUUAACUGGUAUGUUGCUCAUAAUGCAUAGCCUACAACCAAUUACUUGCAUUCCACAGUCCUUGACUCCCAAGGAAGCAAAGUACAAUAAGGGCUUUUGAAGGUUUAUAUGCAAGAAAAUAAUUACUAGAGAGAGUAAAUUUGUACAAUUUAAUGCUUUGAGAAAGAAGCUUAAAGUACUUGCUUACAGUUAUGAAGAUUAAAAUGUUGCAUAGCAUCUUUAAAUCUACAAAAGAAUUUAACUGCAUAUACAGUUUGAAAGCUUUCACAAUUAAGUUUUUAGAUAUUAAGCUUUAUUCUUCCCACAUUAUAACAACUUAAAGAGAACAUUUUAUUGCUGCUAAAAAUUGUAUUUUCUGACAUUUGGCACAAUAUCAAUAACUUCCUUGUCUUAAGAAUAUCAUGUUAACUAGCAGAAAGAAAAAUUACAGAUAAUUACUAAAAUCAGUUUAGCAAAGUCUGAAACACAAUUUUGAUAGCACAUCAUUGAUAUUGUCAAUAUACAAAUUGCACUGAACUAUAUAAAUUGGCAAGCUGCCAUCAGAUAACUAAGACUGAUCAAUAAAAAAAAUAUUAAGAAUAUUCAUCUUUAAAUAGUGAAAUAAAAGUCAUGUACUUAUUACAUUUGUAUUUCUAAAACUGGAUCACUGACCCUGGCAAGUAACUGAUGGGCAGGUUUAUAACUUUAGUGUUUGUGUGAAUGAUGGGCAUAUUAGAUUAUGGAAAUUGUUUUGUAUACAAAAAAUUUUGUAAACAUUGUUGUGUGUUGGUUUUUACUUGUCUUAUUUUAUGUUCACAUAGUAUGUGUUUGUUCAGAAAACUCCCAAGUACGUACUGGACUAACAUAGCUGUGCCAUCUUGCGAGAUGUAGUUAGGUGUGACACUACACUUCAGAGUGUAUAUAAUAUAUACAUAUAUAUAUAUAUAUAUAUAUAUAUAUAUAUAUAUAUAUAUAUAUAUAUAUAUAUAUAUAUAUAUAUAUAUAUAUUAUACACACACACAGACUGUCCUGGGAGAAAAGUCACACUCUCAGAAAUGAGAGAGGAAAUCAUUGGAAGUUGGAAAUAUUCUCCUGUCAAGUGCUUUUAGCACCAUGGUGUAGAAAUUACAGGACAUUUAAAUAUGAAUAUGUAUCAAGAGCAAGUGGCUGCAUAUGAGCCAUCCUGCAGUGUUCAGCUCAUCAUUGUUGUCAUAUGGCAUUCCCUAUGUUUUAGCUAUUAUUUGCUACAACAAUACACCAUGCUCUUGAAUUUUAUUUUUAUCUUUAUUUAUGAAAUUCUUGAUGCGUGAUUAAGUAACAUCCUCAUGAUGCCAACAUUCACCAUUGCUGACCUCUCCCUUUUACCCCCAUCCCCUUGACAUCUCAUAACACAUUCAAAUUUGAAUGUCUUGUAACUUCUAUACCAUUUUGUCAAAAGCUCAUCAUAGAAUAUUUUUUUACUGAGAAUGAUUUGCAUUUUUAUUUCAGAGAAUAUUUGACUUUCCUCCCAUGACACCCUGUAUGUGUGUGUGUGUGUGUGUGUGUGUGUGUGUGUGUGUGUGUGUGUGUGUGUGUGUGUGUGUGUGUGCGCGCGCGCGUGUGCAUGCGUGUGCGUGUGUGUGCGUGUGCGUGCAUGGGUGUGUGUGUGUGUGUGUGUGUGUGUGUGUGUGUGUGUGUGUGUGUGUGUGUGUGUGUGUGUGUGUAAUAGUAAAGAGAAUUCUAAAAUUUUGUCAUUACGUAGUAUUUGUUUUGGAUUAAGUUGUGAGGAUAUAUUUAAAUGAGUAAGUCAAGAUUAAUGAAUAAAUGUAGACAUGUAAUAAAAAGAUUAAAGCUUGUCCGCACUUAAGGCUAGACUGUGAAGUCUCCAGAGGCAGGCUAAUACUAAUCUAAUAUCAAGAAGUGUUAAUUGAAUUUAAGUAAUUUCUCCUCUAAUGAUUUAAAUGUUAAUGAGAAUCUUUCAAUGCUUGAGUCCUUUGAUUGGGAGUUAUAAUGCAUUUUCUCUGUGUGUGCAUAAUUCAAGCCUUGUGGUAACCACACACAAGAAUGAGAUCAUUCAUGUAGACUGCAUACACCACAGUGGAAAUACAAAGACAUUGGAUGCAUAAAUCAACAUUCUCUCUCUCUCUCUCUCUCUCUCUCUCUCUCUCUCUCUCUCUCUCUCUCUCUCUCUCUCUCUCUCUCUCUCUCUCUCUCUCUCUCUCUCUCUCUCUCUCUCUCUCUCUCUCUCUCUCUCUCUCUCUCUCUCUCUCUCUCUCUCUCUCUCAUAUCUGUUCAUGGCAAGAUCUCUGUCUGGUUUGUUAAAUGGCCCAAGAGAAGUCCCCUGUCCUGUUCCAGUGGGUCCAGUGACUGCUAGUAGUUCCAACUUGACUUAGUUAGGAAAUAGUGAUAAAAAAUAUGAUCCCAUUGUCUGUGCAGCUUCUCUGUGGUAUGCACCACGAAUAUGGCUGUGUAUGAACUGGAAAAAAGUGGUGUCAGGUAAACCUUUUCCUUUUCAGCUGCCAGUCCCCCAGUUGAUGCAUUACUUUUUUAUCCCCUUUCUUUUCUUUCCUUUACCUUGCUUUGUUAGUAAAAAGCUAAUUUUUCCAGUGUGUGUGUGUGUGUGUGUGUGUGUGUGUGUGUGUGUGUGUGUGUGUGUGUGUGUGUGUAUAUGUGUGUGCUUUGCAUGUAAGCUUUGUGUUGUUAAUGUUAAGUAAAAUUUCUUUCUACUUUGCAUUGCCUAUAUACUGUAUGAAAAUAUUCAUAUUGUGUGUUUAUUAAUACAUUUUCACUGUCUUCUGAGGUAUCUACCAGUUAUUUAUUUAUUUUUUUUCCAUAGAAUUGGCAUUUAGUUAAAGUAUUAGGAAUUGCUGCUAUCAUGUGCCUUGUUGACAGAAAGUAGUUAUAUAUAUAUAUAUAUAUAUAUAUAUAUAUAUAUAUAUAUAUAUAUAUAUAUAUAUAUAUAUAUAUAUAUAUAUAUAUAUAUAUAUAUAUAUAUAUAUAUAUAUAUAUAUAUAUAUAUAUAUAUAUAUACAUACUUCUAAUGUGUAAAUUGAGCUGAACAUAGAAUGCCUUUCAGAAAUAGGUUUGGACAAAGCUUGUCUUCAUCCCAGUGGUGUUCACUGAUCAUAGUGACAUCUGACUAUUUUGUAUUUGCUUCUAGCUGUUGCUUCAAAGAAAAAUUAUUGACUGAAAAAUCAAAGCCCUUGAGUAGAUUUGUUUUCCUAAGAAGAUCCAUGCAACAUUUGUAUAAUUUAUACAUCCCUGGUAAAACUCUUUUAAGAUAACAGUGUAACAGUGAACUGCAGUGACAAUUAUGCAUAUAUCUAUCAUGAAUAUAUAUUACAUGAAAUGUAAGUUCUGUAAAAGAAUUAAUUGUGAACAUAGUCAGUGUUUGGACACUUAAGUAUGUGCACAGACACAUUUCACUCUAUUACUGGAUUAUAAGUAUAAUUAAAUGCAUUAAAUUCAUAAUAAUAUCAUAAUACAUUUUAAUAAUAUGCUAGAAGAUUGUGACAUUAAUUAUAGAAUAUAGUUUAUUUGAUUUGACUGAUUCAUUUAUUCAUAUGUUUAUUUUAUUACAUUUCACAAAUUUCCUUGUGUGUGCAUUGACAGGAGUCAUUUGCUUCAAGUGAACUAGCCUCACUCCGUGUCUUGUUGUGGCAUUAAGAACAAAACAAAGAAUGAUAAUGAUAUAACAAGGAAUCACAUGUGAUCUUGUAUCUCACUUUAUUUUGUAAAUUUUAGUGUGUAGUACAUGAUGUAAUUGUUUUGCACUGUUAUUGAUACAGUUGCUGAAGGUGGAAAUUAAUAUGGCCAGUGUUGUAAUUUAAUGAGGUGUUAUAGUGGCUUUUUUCUUUGUGUGUGUGUGUGUGUGUGUGUGUGUGUGUGUGUGUGUGUGUGUGUGUGUGUGUGUGUGUGUGUGUGUGUAAAAAUGGUGGUUGCUAAUUUGCUAUACUUUAGUUGAGGGGAAUAUUAAAUUUUGUAAGUAUACAUACAUAUUUUUAUCUUUUGUUCUGUAAAAAUAAUAGCAAUAUCAUAUUUUUCUUAUAGGACAUUAAAAGCAUUAAUUUAGUAAAAACAUAUAGUAGGCCAGCUUAUAUGGCAUGAAUUAUAUUAGUUAUUAUUGUGCUGCUCUCUCUUUCUUUUACAUACAUUAAAUUUGAACGUAACAUGCUACCAA